CAGUUAUUACAAGACCGUGAAAGAUCCCUUUCAGAAGCUCUGACAUACUUCAGUUUUGUAAGAGAAUGUAGUGAAAUGCAAGAAUGGAUGAACGACCAACAAGCGAAGGCAGCUUCAGAAGAUUACGGAACAGAUGUGGAACAUGUCGAGUUACUCAUACAAGCAUUUGAUACAUUUUUAGCUAGUUUAAAUAACAGCGAAUUACGAGUACAAAAUUGUAUUGAUAACGGAAACAAACUGAUAGCCGCCGAAAAUAAGCACAAAAGAAAAAUUGAACAAAAAGUAACGGAAGUCAAAGAUCAAUGGGAAGACCUAAUAGAACUGGCUCAAGCGAGACACGAAGCUCUCGCUGGUGCUAAACAAGUUCACAUUUUCGACCGGACUGCAGACGAGACUAUUGCCUGGAUUAUUGAAAAAGAGGCAAAUUUGGUAAUCGAUACUUACGGGCAGGACUUGGAAAGCAUACAGGCUUUAGUUCGUAAACACACAGGUUUCGAAACCGAACUGGUUGCCGUCAAGGAGCAAGUGAAAGCCAUUGAACAAGAGGCACAUCGUCUUAGUGAACUAUUUCCAGAUGCUGAAGAGCACAUUGAAGUUAAACGAGAAGAUACCUUAAACGCGUGGGAGGAGUUGCAAACCAAAGCCGAGCAUCGAAGGGAGAAUCUUCAGCAGUCUGAACAACUUCAGACAUACUUCGAUCAAUAUCAAGAUUUGAUGGCGUGGAUAAACGAAAUGUUAGCCAAAGUUACAGCCCCCGAUCUACCUCAAGAUGUAUCAGCAGCAGAAGUGUUAAUAGAACAUCACAAAGAGCAUAAAGUCGAAAUUGACGCAAGAGGCGAUAUAAUUAAAGACUUCUAUCAAACCGGGCACCGAUUAAUACAAGACCAGCAUUUUCUGUCGCAGGAAAUUCAAGAUCGUAUCGAUGUGUUACGUCAUCGGAUGGAUCACUUAAAUCAUAUUUGGCACCAGCGGGCGAUUAUUUACGAUCAUAAUUUGGAUGUGCAGCUGUUUAAGCACGAGGCCAACUUACUAGAGAACUGGAUGAUCGUGCGCGAAGGUCCUCUACGUGAGUCACAAUACGGCGAUAGUAUUUUGCAAGUAGAGGAACUGAUAAGGAAGCACGAAGAUUUUGAUAAAACCGUUGAGGCGCAAGAAGAGAAAUUCAUCGCGCUAAAACGGAUUACGCUAAUCGAAGAGGCGUUUGCCAGGCAGCUGGAGGAGGAAGCGAGAGAGAAGCAACUGGAACGACAACGACAAGAACAGGAACGAUUAUCUCAACGUAAACGCAUGGAAGUCCAACGUAUCACUGAGCAAAGACGGUUAGAAGAGCAAAAAGAACGUCUACCUUCCUCAGUUCCAGAGGAGCGAAUGAAUGGAACUUCUCACGUUGAGGAUAACAAUAACGCCGCCACGCCGACUUCCUCCUUAACCAAAUCGAAUUCAGUGGCGCAUAUGUUUGGGGAUAGAAUUCGCAAAAAUUCCGACGGUAUCGUUAAAAGAGCAGAAAGUAUGAAGGUGUCUACUAUUACUAAGCCAGUCAAGAAGACGCCAUCAUUUACAACGCGAAGAAGAGCCGGGUCAUUCAGAAAUAAAGCGGCUAUUUCAGAGAACGAAUUACCGCCUGUUGAAGCUCAAGCAUUCUUGGAGCGCAAACAAGUGCUAUCGGCCGGAGGACGGCGUGCACAGAAUAGAACGUGGAGAAAUUAUUACACUGUAUUGUGUGGGCAACUGUUGUGCUUCUUCAAAAAUAAAGACGACUUUGUUAUUAGCAAAGCCAUCGCCUCUCCUUUAGGGAUUUAUAAUGCAGUUUGUGCUAUUGCGGAUGAUUAUUAUAAGCGCAAGUUCACAUUUAGACUAAAUAGUUCAGAUGGAGCCGAAUUUUUAUUCUCGUGCAAUUCAGAGACUGAAAUGUUAGACUGGGUACAUAAAAUUUCAUUCCGUGCAAAGUUACCUCCCAGUCAGCAGCUGAUUAACCUCGAAGUUCACAAGGAUUAUCAUGAGAUGGACGUUAGCUCACAGUCAAGUAGAACAUCUAGUCCCGACAUUAGUGAUACAGUGGUAAUGAGACAUGAUCCACAGUUUCAAAAUGGCGCAUCGCAACAUCAGCCACCAUGGCGGCACACACUUACAGGAGAAAAUCCACCACCGUUACCUAUGAGCGAGCCACCAAAUAACUCUCACCCCGUACGUCGUCAUCACACGCUAGAAACUAGUGGAAACCUUCAUGGACAUUACGGAGAAUCGAGCAGUAAUAAAUCGGAAUGGGCUACGCCGACCAGGCCGAGUUCAACUAUACAACCUAAUGAUCAUAAAAAAUCGUCUCGGAUCAUGGACCUCUUUAGAAAAAAACGUCAUUCACAAAUAUAAGUUAAUAUUGUAAAGUAUAUUGUUAUAGUUUUUCUUAGUUUAUAAGAACCGAAAGUAUUGAGGCAUCUACUUUAAUGAGAGUACCUAAGUAAAUAUAUAUUUGUAAAUAUAUGUAAUAUGGAUAAAUUAAAUAUUAUCAAAUUCUGUUACAUAAAAGAUACACACGUUUUCUAAUGUA